AUGGGUCUGGCUGUGGCGGUGGCGGUGGCGGCCACGCCCAUACUGGUGCUUCAGAUGCAACUGAUCCAGUUACUGAAGUCACCGGUGACUGUGGCCGUUCUGGCCGUGUUCCAUGACCUCAUGAUUGUACUGUACUUUGUUCUGAUGGGCGGUGAGACGUUCUCAGAAGCACAAGUGAUAGGCUAUGCGGUGGAUGACUCAGAACUGUAUCGCUGGCCGCAGCCGUCGCGUCGCGCCUGGCUGGCUCUGGUGGCGGUUGCUGCGGGCGGCUGGGUGCCACGACGUGUGGCGCGGGCGGCGGCCAAGCGAUUGAAAGAGAACUCAGACCUUUGGAAGGUCUCUUAUCCAGCAUUUGAAGCUGGAGACGAAGUGCUCCAGGAGGUGCAGCUGGUGACCACUGGAGUCCCUGCAGGGCCUCCUGCUCAAUGGGCCGGGCUGUGGCGGGUGAGUUAUGCCCCGCACAUUCGAACCCUGGGAUCGUUAGGCUUCACCAAGUUUGACGUCUACUAUGACAUCGCCCCAUCCGCUGCUGCUAGCCCAGAGAUCUCGUCCUUCGUGCGCUUCGAGGGACCCUUCUGGCGUGGUUGGCUGAAUUCCUCGGGGACCAUCUCGACGCUGUCCGAGGAUGAAGUGCAGGUUGACUUUCAGAACUUCUGGGUGGACUGGGACAGUGAGCAGCCGCGGCGUAGCGGCAGCGACUUUUUCUCGGAGAUCGCCAAGAAGUUCUUCUUUUUGGAGCUGAGCCGAUUCCCUGUCCUAAGCCUUGACACCAGUGAAGGAACCACUGUCUUUCGCUUUCCCGCGCUGGGCGUGCAGAUCGCUGCUUGCCGAGUGGGUCCAAGCGGCUCCGAUCCGCGGCCACUGUGAAUUUCCUGACCGCCCAGAGAUUUUCGAUGGGUCAAAAUUGGGUACCCCAGUAGCUAGCUGGUUGGUGGUUUGGAAC